AUGCACCUCGAACCCGAGCGCUACGGCGCAACGAAACACGUCGGCAGCAGCGCACCGAAGCACGUGACGCACCGCACGGGCGGCUCGCGGUCCAACUCGCCCACGAGCAGCGACGACGAGCAGACGGACGACACGCUGAAACUCGCGCCCGCGUUGCGUUCCAAGUGGCUGUCGCCCGCGCCGGUCGCCCCCUCGACGGCGGCCGCUGCUGCAGACAGCGCCAAAGCGCGUGUCGGCCUCCACGAGACAGUGCUCGAGCGCUACCACCGCGCCACGUGCACCAAAAUGUACGACGUCGAGGAGCUCAUUGACUACUACUGGCACCGGCGCCUCGCGGCCGUGCCGGCCGUGGUCGUGAGCUACUUGCCGUUCGUGAUUACGCCCAAUCAGAUCACGCUCUUCGGCCUCGGGCUCGGCUGGGCCGCCGCGCUCUGCCUCUACGACGCCGAGUUCCACUACCCGCUGGCCUGGGCGCCCGCGCACUCGCUGCUGGCGGCUGCGCUCCUCAUGUUCGCCUGGAUCGUCUCGGACUGCACGGACGGCCAAGUCGCGCGGCUCUGCAAGCGCGGGACGCGCACGGGCCGCAUCUUGGACGGCGUCGUCGACGGCCUUGUCAUUGCCCCGCACUGCUGGAUCAUGGGCGACAUCAUGCAGCACCACUACGGCGGCCACGCGCUCUACUUCCACUUGGGCUUCUGGUCGGGCAUGUCGCUCUGGCUCCACGCGAUCGUCUACGACAAGAUCAAGAACGUCUACAUGGAGAACGCGCUGCCGCAGUCCGAGUGCGACGGCGAGACAGUGGCGAGCGUGCGCGCCGAGUACCACGUCGCACGCGACCAGUCGGCCUGUGCGCUCGACACGAUCCUCCUCGGCAUCUACACAGUGUACCUCACGGUGCAAGCGAGUUUCACGUCGGACGCUGCGUCGCAGGCCGAGUCCGACCGCCAAGAGCUGCUGGCGACGUGCUCGAGGGAGUACCACACGGCGUACCGGCAACGCUUUAGCGGCCUCGUGCGCCUGGCGUCGUUCUUGGGCAUCAGCGCGCACAUCACCGUGCUCUACGUGGCCUACUUCCUGGCCAUCUUUUACUGGGACGUGAUCUUUUACGUGCAGUUCUACUCGCUCGUGCUGCUCAAUGGCGUCCUGGCCGUCGUGCUCGUGCAGUACCAGCGGUCCGGCAUGAGUGCGUACAUGCCGACCAAAGAAGGGACGAUAUGA